AUGUACGUGGAGAUCCAUCCUGUGCUAGCUGAAGCUUGGUACAUGGCGGACGUCUCACGGGAGGUGACUUCUGCCUCUGCCCAUCUCAUAACCACAUCAAGUAUCUGCGAUCCCGCUUUGGUCAUGUGGAGCAGGCAGGUGCCGCAGACCUUGAUCAAUGAUGAUGGACUGGCGAAGCUAGGCCCGCAGAGCGAGCGCGCUUCUCUGGCGCUGUACGUGUGUACUGCGGAGGAGGCGGCUCGGCACGUGCGGGCGGGGUCGCUGGGCGCGCACGUACGCCGCGUGCGGGACCUGGCCGGCGCCGCGUUGACUCUCGUCGUCUUCGGCGUCAACGAUUACUUCAAGUCGUGCGGCCGCAAGACGAUGAACAGCAGCCGGAAACUGAUCGGAGAACUCGAUUUGGAGCUCGCUAUUACCGAUUUGCUGGUGACGACCGACUGUGACACGGUCCUGGUGAACUCCUCGAGCGAACUGGCACUGCUGAUCGUCCAGCACACCAAGGCGAUAGCCGAGGCGCCGUACAAAAUGUCGAAGCGCGCUUACGACGAGCAAUCCGAAUUGUACUUGCGUGGAGAAAACAGGAAAUGCGUCACCGUCGACAAACAAGGCAACGGAGUCAGUCGGCUGUGGCAACAGAUGAUAGCUGUACUGCCACAUUCCAGUUUAGAAACGUCGAGAGCAUUGUGCGCUAAAUAUCCAACUCCGCUUGACCUGUAUGAGUCCCUUAACUCACCGGAUAGUGUUAAUGAAUUGGCGAACAUCGGUGUAUCAAGAACCGCUGUCCCGGGUUCAAAGGCGCGUCGCAUUGGACCUGAAUUUGCCAGGAAAUUACACACAUUGUUCACAGUCACCGACGGAGAUAUUUUGUUAGAUUGAUUUAUAAGUAUUUAUUAUUAAAUAAAU